AUGGACUGGAACUUGAAUACUCCUUCAGAAUGGGACUGGGAAAACUUAGCCAUGUACAGCAGCAAGGAGAUUGAAGUUGCCAAGAAUUUGCAAUUUUCCAGCCAUGAAAGCCAAGAAAAUGUCGUCGUCCAUAAUGUGGACUUCUCCUUCUCAGCUUCUGCAGAUUCUUCGUCUAAAGAGACAAUCAAGAGUACUUUUAGAGGGUUUGAUGAUUUACCAAGAGAUUUCUUAGAGAAGGAUGAUUCUUCUUGGAUAGGGGAGAAUGGGAGCUUCUCUAACAUGGUAGAAGAAGCAUCAGUGUUAUCCGGUGAAGCCAUGAUUGGUUUAAAGCUUGGAAGGCAUGCAAGCACUUCUAGCAGUAGUAGCAAGACGGCUACAACAUCUGUCUCCUUGUUUCCGACGUCGUCUCCCAUGAUAAAGAGAUCUAGAGCAUCUUACCUAAGUUCUCAGUCCCCACGUUGUCAAGUCGAAGGAUGCAACCUUGACCUUUCAUCUUCCAAGGACUACCAUCGCCGGCAUAGGAUCUGUGCAAAUCAUUCCAAAAGCCCAAAAGUCAUUGUAGCUGGGAUGGAACAGUUUGAUGAUAGAAAACGAAGCUGUCGUCGACGCCUUUCUGCACACAAUGCAAGGCGGCGCAGGCCACAGUCAGAAGAGAUCCAAUUCAGCUCCACACGGUUGUCCUCUUCAAUGUCAUCUGAUAGAAGGCCGCAGAUGAAUUUCCUUCUAAAUAGGGCUUCAAUACCUCGUCGUGAUUCAGCACCACCUGAAAGUUCUUGCGACUUUAAAGGGGAAGAGUCUUUCCUGGGUCUUGCAAAAAGUGGAGGGGUUGAUGUCUUGCCACCCAAUGGUGCCUUACACUUCGGUUCUGAGAGAUUUAUGCCUAGGAGCAUGAGUCAUAAUGGUAUCGAUACAACUCCUAAUUCCAUGCUAUCUGGAGAUGCCAGGCAUGCUUUCUCUCUUCUGUCAACAAGUUCUUGGCCUUCCAACUGGCCUGAAGAAGCUUCAUCAUUUGAUCAAUUUGGGCAAUCAAACAGUAUCAGCUUGUCACAGCCGGGAAUGCCUUUGGAACUGCAAAAUACUACCAACACCACUCAACUCCAAACCUUUCAUUCAUUUAGAUCACCUCGUGAAUUUGAACGGUUUUAUUCAAACUGAAACUGAUCUUGAUUUCUCCAUGCGUCUACCACCAAGUAUUCAGUCAUAGAAUCAAUAAUCCUUCUUAUAUAUAAGGGAAAUUAUCUGCACACUUGAUCUAAGCUGGUCCCAUAGUACGUAGAUCGAAAUUUUGAGUAGCAUUACAGUACAUAGUCUAUAUAUUCUGAACCCCAUUUAUAACUCCUUCAAAAUGAAAUUCCACUUCAUAGGCCUAACUCUUGAUCUUGCAAGAAUAACAGAAAGCUUGAAAAUAUCUUUGAACUUAGUACACGUGUGGGAUCGCUUUCAAAGGCAUGGAGGAUCCAAAUGAUCUCGCUAUGUGCAUUCAAGGGAAGAAUGGAACACUUCUCCUCUUUCUGCAGAACAAAUUAAAAUAUAUACCAAAAGCCUUAUAUAUCUAUCCCUCAUUAAGUGGAAAUUGAAGAAAAAGGCAUUCAAGAACAUUUGUUGCGGCAAAGUUUAUUCCUUUUUAUUGAUCACUUUAGCAGCAAGCUUUUGCCAGUGAAUCAUUUCUCUGAAUCAGUGGUUCGCAGGUAAAUCAAGUAUUCCCCUCUAGAUGUUGAUUGGUAGUUCCAGUUCUCUUCCAAGUGGAAAUAGUAUACUUUUUUGGAGAUGGGGAUGAUUUAGGAAUUUAACUUCUAGUAUCCUAUGGUUUAAUUUGCUUGAUAUUAAUAAGUUGUGAUCUUGCUUUGGUUUUUCUGUAGAUUUUAAACUUAUUUUCAGUUUACAUUUGCACUUGAGAUAUUUAAUGGUUGCUUCCGGUUCAUUUUGUGUCCUUUGGUUAGUUUAUGUUGCAGUUCUUGUCUAGGAAUGUGUUUCAUACUUUCACUCUUUCUUUCUUGGAUGCAUUUACUAUAGGGUACCGUGUAAUGAUGAUUGUAGCUACUUUUUGUUACUUUGAUGAUAAUGUAGUGUUUUUGGUUUGGCCG